AAAAGAAAGCUGUUUGUCUUCAUCACUGGUUUGGUGAUAGUCUUGAAUAGCACCCUCGGAUCCGCCCUUCCGAGCGGUGCAAUCGAUUUCAUCGCGGCCGACUUUGGCAUAUCGAACCAGCAACAGCUCGUACUGCCGAUAACUACCUACUUGAUCGGAUAUGUUCUCGGGCCUAUAAUUUUCGGUCCUUUGUCUGAGACAUAUGGGAGGCGUCCGGUGAUGAUAUGGACUUUCGCAGGAUAUACAAUCUUCAGUCUCGCCUGUGCUGUUGCGCCCAAUUUUGCGGCUAUUGUUAUCUUCAGGCUAUUCUCUGGUAUCUUUGCUUCUUCACCAACUGCAGUCGUUGGAGGGUUGUAUGCGGAUAUCUUUUCUGAUCCCAAGACCAGAGGAAGAUCGAUGGCUGGAUUUAUGGCUGCUACAACACUUGGCCCUACAAUGGGGCCUCUAAUCUCUGGUUAUAUCUCUAGUAUCAGUUGGAGGUGGACAUUUUGGAUCGGGUUGAUCAUCACUGGAGCUUCAUGGCCUGCGCUGAUCUUUCUCCCAGAAACCUUUCGUCCUGUAUUGCUGCGAAAGCAUAAUGAGAUUCAUAAUAUUAUAUCUGCCGAUGUGAACCUGGCUGCUCCCAGUCUACGAGAACUUGUCACGCGAGUGUUGACACGCCCUAUCCGAAUGAUUUAUUCCGAGUCAAUUGUUUUAUUCUCCUGUGUCUAUCUUUCCUUGACAUAUUCUAUAUUUUACCUCUUCUUUGAGGCUUAUCCUAUCAUAUUCAAAGGAAUAUACGGCUUCAGUACCGGACAAUGCGGUCUAGCAUUUAUUCCCAUCGGAAUCGGUGCUCUCCUAUCCUUUAUAGUUUACCUCGCCUACGACUCUUUCUACCAACGCGCCCAAUCCCAAGCUAAAACCUGGGUGAGUAUCGAAGAAUAUCGCCGUCUCCCCCUCGCCUGCCUCGGCGGGCCCCUAUAUACUAUAUCCCUCUUCUGGCUGGCCUGGUCCGCCCAGCCAUCCAUCCAUUGGAUUGUCCCCAUGCUGUCUGGCAUCCCCUUCGGUAUUGGCUUCCUGCUCAUAUUCAUGGCACUAAUUAACUAUCUCGCUGACGCGUAUGGGACCUAUGCGGCGAGUGCGUUGGGUGCUGCGAGCUGUAUGAGAAGUGUAUCCGGUGCGCUGUUGCCGCUUGCUACGUCGCCAAUGUAUGCGCGGCUGGGAAUUCAUUGGGCGACUAGUUUGCUGGGGUUUGCAAGUUUGGUGAUGAUUUUGAUCCCGUUUGCUUUUAUUACUUUUGGGGAUUAUCUUAGGCGGAAUAGUGCUUUUAGUCAGUCUGCUAAGGCGAGGUGA